AUGGCGAACCAAUUUGUGUCUCCUGUGAAGCAAAAUCCCUGGUACCAGUUCUGGCUUCCUCCAUAUGAACCUCUGUGCCCAGCCAGCAGCAUGGGGCACUUAAUAGCUCCUCUUGAGAUCACACAUUUCAAAGCAGAGUACAAAGGUUUCCCAGAUCAGACCUCGCCUUUGACAGCAAGAAUCAACAACGCUUACGCUUCAGUGAUCAAUGUCGCAAAUGGUACGAUUCGGUCCGCAAUGUUCAAGCUUACGAUUAUCAGAAUUAUUUUGGCAAUUUAUUUUUUUUGGGGAGUCAUUGAUCUUUUGAUCGGCUUAAUCACAUUAGACGUUGGGAUUUUCUUUGGAAAUGUCACAGUUGUUGUAGUCUGCAUUUUGGGAAUGAGACUGGGAGCAGCUCAAUACGUAACGAGGAUGGAUAAGCAUAUGAAUUUAAUGAAUAGAACGCUUGGAUCUCUUUCGGAUGAAGUACUUUGAAAUGCAGGUGUUAGAGUUGUAGCUGGAAACUCCUGCUAUUGGUUGGACUUCUAUGAUAAUCGCAUGCAACCACAAGCAGGAAUAAUUCCGACUGGAGUAAACCCAUUCCAAGUUGCGGGAUAUCAAAUUGGGCCUCAAUAUCAGCCUCCAAGCCAAUCAGAAGCACCACAACAGUCAUUACUGAAUCAGCCACAACGUCCAGCUCAAGUAUUCACCUUAAAUCAAGUUAAUCCUCAAGGAAAUCUAAACUAG